AGCAUCUCCCCAGACCCGGAGAUUGUGACCGAUGCGCACGCCUUGUUCGCCGAUAUGACGGGGAUAAUCAUAUAAAAUAGUGAGGGCAGAGCUCCAAUUGUGAUAGCCUCCCCUCUAUAUUAAGCAUCCACACCUCAACUAGAAGAAUUUAAGCCGUUCUCAGAAUUUCACAGCUAACAAACCGAGACAAGCUCAUUAUCUCUGCACCAAAUCAAGUCCUACAUACGCCUUUGUCAUCCUUCCUUCAGUCUCCCUUCCCCCCUUUCAGAAGAUAUGGAUCUGAGGGACAUAGAGUCCACUCUUCCACCAGGGUUUAGGUUCUACCCGAGUGAUGAGGAUCUGGUCUGCCACUAUCUCCACAAGAAGGUUGCAAAUGAAAGAGUCUCAGGAGGAACCAUGGUGGAGGUGAAUUUGCAUACUUGCGAGCCAUGGGAGCUUCCAGAGGUUGCUAAGCUAAGUGCGAACGAGUGGUACUUCUUCAGCUUCCGUGACCGUAAGUAUGCGACUGGGUCUCGCACAAAUCGGGCAACAAAGUCUGGGUACUGGAAGGCCACUGGGAGAGAUCGUACGGUCUAUGAUCCUACAGCCCGUGCAAUCGUGGGGAUGAGGAAGACGCUGGUCUUCUAUCGUGGAAGAGCUCCAAAUGGGAUAAAGACUAGUUGGGUCAUGCACGAGUUCCGGCUAGAAAAUCCACCCCCUAGCCCUAAGGAGGACUGGGUGCUGUGCAGAGUUUUUCAGAAGAAGAAAGGGGAUUCAGUGAAUUACAGCAUGGAGAAUGAUCAGGAUAACAGCAUUGGGUGCUCCUCAUCACAUUUGGGGUCAUCCCCUCUGAAUGGCCAUGCCAUGCCAUAUGGGUGCUAUGAGCAGAUGAUCCCACAUCAGGAGGGCAGCAGCCCUAACACCUUCCUUAAUUUGGCAGCAUUGCACUACAACCUCCAUGGUCUCCCCCAAGAGGCGGACAGCGCAGCCAUGAAUGGAAUGGGCUCAAGGGGUGGUCAGGAUGAUUUCGGGUUGCUGCUGGAUGUGGGCAUAGAAGACCAUGACUUGGUGGAUGGAGGGAUGGCGAAUAUGGGAGGCAUGAAGUUUCCAAGAGGCAAAGAUCAGCUUUUCUUCUAGUGUCUUUAAAUCUUAGACAUGUCUAUUGAUUUGGAUUGAAGAGUGACAAAGAUGGCCAUGUACAGAUGCUGUCAUCGUGGAUUAAUUUGAGAGGUUCAUGCCAUUAUUUGUAGAUAGCACACUUGCCAUAUUGUAGAAAUUUCAGGUAUAAUUAUUUUCAAGAAGAAUAAAUUAUUAAGUUCACUAA